CUUCCCUCAGCUUGGAACACCUGCUGCUUCGCGGCGGUGGCUUUGUUCCACUUUCCCAGAGCUUGGGCAUCAUUCUGGACCCAUGUUCGGUGAACCGGUUACUCCUAGAGCUGCUUUUGGGCUCGUUUUGAGGGAGCCUUCCAGGUCCAGCCCUCCCACUGCAGCCUGCGGGGAGCGAGCCGGCCUGUCCCGAUGACAUAGACAGUAGGUUUUUACAGCAAUUCUCUGAUGCCCUUGAUAUGGUAGAACGCUGUGUAUAUCAAGAGUAAGCUGUCGUUUGAGGAGACUAACAAUUCCUGUUUUUGCCAGAUUUCUUCUUGAAUGGCAACCUAAAUGCCAGUCCAAAGAGGCCCCCAAUAGACUUGUUCACCCUUCAUGUCCUCAACUCUGGGGAAGUUAAGUAAUCAAGUUGAAGAAACACUUCCACUACUUAAAAAUUACUUUCAUAUUUGUUCAGCUAUCCCAAUGGGAUUUUCACUUAGUAAAUCUACUCAGGUGUCUGCUAUGCAUAUGGAUUCAAAAGUGGAUGAUCACUUAAUACGAAGGACUGAAAAAAGCAGGUUGGAACCAACGACUCAGUUAUUUCAAAACACCAAGAAAAUAAGAUUAGAAGACACAAAUCAAGAAAACUUUUCAAGGAUUGAAGGGACUGGCACAAGAUCUCUUUCUGAGAAGGCCUUGGGUUCAGUGGUAUACGUCAAAGAAAGUGAUGGACUAGAAAUGACAGAUGUGGAAUGAAGCAAUUUGUAUGUAUUACCAAACAAACCAAAAACUGCCUUUAAUUAAGAGGGGGUGUUGAAAGAGAACUUAACCUUAUUAGGAAACCCUAACAAAAUGACAGAAGACUAUUGCUUUAUUUUACACUAUUUGUGAAUCAUCUUACACUGCAUUUUUUGAUUAUGCCUAUUCAAAAGGCAGUUGCUUUAGAGUGAAAAAGCCUUCCAAAAUUCAAAGCAGAUUUCUCUGGUAUUAUAUUAUAUCCUUAAAAACCAGAGCUUUUAAGUAACAGUAUUUGAAUAGCACCAACACAUUUUCAUUUUAAUGUAUUUCUUUAACAAGUGAUUUAAAAAAGUGUCUAAGAGGCCGGGCAUGGUGGCUCAUACCUGUAAUCCCAGCACUUUGAGGGGCCAAGGCGGGUCAGGAGUUCGCAACCAGCCUGGCCAAUAUGGCGAAACCCCAUCUCUACUAAAAAUGCAAAAAAUUAGCCAGAUGUGGUGGUGGGCGCCUGUAAUCCCAGCUACUUGGGAGGCUGAGGCAGGAGAAUCGCCUGAACCCCAGAGGCGGAGGUUGCAGUGAGCUGAGAUCAUGCCCUCGCACUCCAGCCUGGGCAACAAGAGCGAAACUCCUUC